CUACGAAUAUUUGCAUUUAUUUUUGUCAUAAGAUUGCUCGCAUUGUCAAAUCUCAACAUAUAAGCAAUAAAUUCGUAGGAAACAAAGAAAUGACAUUCUUGUAACCACGAAAUAUGCUAUCCGAUUGUUCGUUUUGUUGAAAUUUACGUUUAAAUAUUUUGCAAGGAGAGUUUCAACUCGAACCCUUAUUAUUAUAUAGUGAUUAGAUGAAAUUCCUUCAAUCAUGCAGAAGCAGUAAUCUCACCACAUAGAAGAAGAAAAAAAUGAGGGCACUUGCUAUUCUCCUAACCAUUCUUUUCGCGACGGUUUUCCUAUCCGCCUCGUCGCUAAAACUUCCGCAGCCACCGCCGGUCCCCAGCGAAUGGAAGCCGAUAAAGGACUUGAAAGCCGCCGACGUGGCCGCGGUGGCUGAAGCUGCCGUGAAGCAGUUCAACGACAAGCUGCCAGCUGGUAGUAAAGAGCAGCUGAAGCUGGAGAGUGUGGAGAACGGCGACGUGAAGGUCUUUGACGACGGGAAGUCCGUCUACCGUUUCCACCUGAAAACUGAUACCAACGGCGGCGUGGGGCCCGGUAAGGUCCAGCUUUACGAGGUGGUCGUCGGCGUCGCUGACGACAAGUCCGGCGAGAAGAUGAAACAGCUUCUUGCCUUUUUGCCCGUAUUGAAUUAAUGAAGGGAACAUGGUUUUAUUUUUAACUAUACAAUUUAGAUAAAUGACAUUUAAUUUGUUUAAUUCAACUAAUAAUAUACCGGUGUAAUAUCGUUCUUAAAAUGAAAUGAACAUAAUAUUGUAUUUUUAAUCGGUAUCCUGCUGAUCGAAUAACAGAGCCUAAUACAAAAGAGGUUUGACUAAUAAUAUGUAGGAGUUCCGACAAGUACAUAAAAUUCUUACAUGUGACGAGAGUAUGAUAUUUUCUAACAACGACAAAAUCAGAAAUUUGAAAGAUCUAGAAAAAAAAAAAUUGAAAGUUCUUGUUAAGGAAUUUGAACCUUUUUUACCAAGAAGUGAGCCAAAGCAUUACGAUAUUUUCAAAGUAAUAUCUGUGUUUGUUGUUUUAAGUUUCUAAAUAAUGAAAUUAUGUCACCAUU